AUUUCUACAUAUAAAUCAAACUUGUGCUUUUCUUGCUUUCAUAAAAGACAAUCUUCAUUGUUACCAUCAUUGAUCUUCAUUGUUAAAACCAUGAAUGUUCUAGCUACUAAUGAUGAUGAUCAAUAUAUGCAAUUCUAUUAUCAUAAUCAACAACCUUUCAUGGAUAUUAACAUGGAAGGAUUCUCAAAUACAACUAUGGUGACAACAAGUCCAACCAUGUCAUCAAAUGACAUAUUCUUAACCCAAAAUGACCAAUUGGCUCCAAAGAAUAACAAUACAUUCAAACCAACAAGAAAGAGAUCAAGAGCUUCUAAGAAAACUCCCAUUACUCUUCUCAAUGCCAAUACCAACAAUUUUAGGACUUUGGUUCAACAAUUUACAGGAUGUCCUACAACUACUAGUACUGCCAUGUCAUUUUCAACUCAUAAGGGACCUAUCACCUUGAAUUUUCAACAAGCUCAUCAUCAUCAAGUAACUUUGCCACAACAACAAAAAGUGAUUCCUAAGCAAAAGUUGAUGCAAAAUCAGCAUCAAAGUCAGAGUAAUUUUCUUCCAACUAGCAUGGAGGGUUCUGAUUAUGGUUUGCCUAUGAAUAAUAAUGAUAAUGAUUUAUUUAUGAAUGCUUUGUCCAAUUUUUUAUUUAUGUGAUGAAAAUGUCUAUGAAGGGUUAACCCGUUAUGCAAUAACUUCAUAGAGUUAUACUUAUUUUAAUUAGGAUCCAUUUAAAGGUUGUAAGCAUAUGCUAUUAUUUAAACAAUACAUUCAUGUUAUAUAUUUCAGUCUAUAAUAUGCAUCAUUUUCUUGUAUCAAUUCAAUUUCUUUAAUCUUGUAAUUUUUUCUAGGGUGUGUACUCCUUCAUAUUACAUCAUAUUACAAAAAUUUCUUAUUCC